UUCCGACAUCGAGUGGAAAGGAGGGAAUCGGCGGAAACAAUCUGCACCGGGGAGGGGGGCAAGGCUGGGAUUUUACUCGAUGGACAGCGCGGAUGAGCUGGUGACUCAGGGCCUGAGGCAACAGUUCCAGGCCCUGCAGGAGCAGCAGCAGCAGAGGAGGAGGCAGAGGAUGACGCUGGCCCGCAGCGGGAAGGAGAAGGAGCACGGCCUUUGCCCUGGCCCCGGCCCCGGCCCCGCGGACGCCUCUAUACGGCUGGAGGAAGACCUGGGGCUGCAGCUGGUGAAGGCCCAGACCUGCAGCACCACCGACAUCAGCAAAAGCUUGCUGGAGAACGAGAACGAACUGCUACAGGAGCAGAUCCAUGAGCUAAGGGAUGAGAAUGGACGGCUUUACAAGCUCCUUAAUGAAAAGAAUUUUGAACUUAAACACCUGAAAAAGAAAAGUGAAGACGAUCGACUUGCUCUGGCAGGUACAGCUGGUAUAGCAGGCGAUGUGGCGGCAACCAAAAUCAUCGAGCUGUCCAAGCGGAACCGUGAGCUAACCGUGGAAAAUGAGAACCUAAAAUCCAAAAUCAAGCAGCUGGGCAACAAGUUACGGGAGCUGGAAAAGGAGCCUGAGGCUGCUCAAACAGGCAGCCAGACAGUCAGCACCAAAGAAUCAUCUGGAUACACCAACAGAGAAUUGCCUUCCAGCAUACAAAACAGCUCACUGCCUGACAGCCUUGAUGCAAAAGCCCUACAGGAAAAACUUACAGCAACCAAUCUAAAACUGAUUGAGUCUCGAAACCAAGUACUAAGUGUCAAACAAGAGUUGAAAAUGGCACACAAGGCAUUGGCUAAUGAAGUGGGGGAAGAUGUGAAUAUACAGCAUUUGCUGAAUAACAAGGGGACAUGGCGUGGCCGAGCUCAGCAGAUCCAAAUCUUACAGAAGAAGGUCCAAGAGUUGGAAAGCCAAAUGGGGCUAAGUGGCCAGAAAGGACGAUCAUCUGAACACAGCGUGGAAGAGGAAAUGCUAGGUAUUUCAGGAUUGCGACGUUUGUCAAAUCAAGAUAAAAAUGUAGCAUACAUUCGUACACUAGAGAAGGAAAGAAAGGAAGCAUUGGACAAAAUGACUGGUGACCACGAGAGGUUGAAGAAAGACCAUGAGGAACUCAAAAAUAAAUUUGAUGGAUCUAAAGCCAGGAACAAAGUUCUGUCGAGUGAGCUCAAGAUCUUGAAGAGUCAAGUGGUGACCCUUCUCGAGAAAGGGAAGCAUGAUGAUGAGCUGGUUGGUGCGUUGCUGAAGCAGCAGAAACAAAUGCAGGAGAUUAUGGGCUGCUUAAGUCAGCAUGAGUCAAAGAAUAAGGACACUAAGCAAAUUCUGAGCCAGCAGCAGAACUGUGAAACCCAGAAGCAGAGCUCUGUGAUUGGAGAAUUAAAACAGAUGGUGACUGAGCGGGAAGCUAAAGUGAAAGAUCUUGAGGAAGAGAUCAAACAACUGUUACUAAAGCAACAUCAGGAGAAGAAGCUUUCAGGUGACCAGGUGCCUGUGAAUCUCCCCAGGUGUUGUUCUUCCUCAGCUCAGCUGGACAAUACCAAUGGACAUUCAACUGAGAGUUCUGUUUCAGCUGACACUGAACUCACAGGGAGACCACUUUCUGCUCAAACAUUGUCUAAAAUGGGGCACACCCUAAUUGAAUGUGCAACAGUACGACCCCUCUCAGGGAAUGCUAUUGGAAGAUGUGCCAGCGUGAAUGGAACUGAUGUGAAAGCUCUUCAGAUACAAUGCACAGAAUAUAAAGCCUUUUACCAAGCCGCAGAAGUAGAAAGGGACAAACUAAUGGAGCUAGUUACCAUACUACAGAAGAGGUUAGAAGAUAGCAAUGACACGAUUUUAGAAACUGAACAGAAGCUUCUAGAGCAGCGCCGGUGGUCUGUGACUUUGGAACAACAACUUGGAAAAGCCAAACUGGAUGCAGGAAAGACCCAUGACAAACCUUCAAAUAAAAAUAAAGCAAUUUCAUCCAGCAGCUCCGUCCGUCAAUGUCAGAGCUUGUGUGGUAGUGGGGACCUACCUCCUGGGAGGCCGUUGACCUCAACUUUGGAUAUUCAAGUGGAAGAACUGAAUACCCGACUCGCCAUACAGAUGGAUGAGAAUGAAGCCUUAAAGACAGCAUUGCAAAGCACUUUAAAAGCCAAAGAAGAAGACCUGAAAUUAUACCAUGACACAAUGGGCCAAGUGAAGCACGUCUUCCUACAGGCUCUUCGACAGCACAAAGAGAAAACUUAAAUUGAGUGCUUCAGCUGUUUUUUAUUUAUUGUUAAGGAAGCAUUUGCAGAACAGACAUGGUAAAAGAGGAAAGGACAAACCUAAUUCAGUGCCACAUCAGCCCAGACUAUUGCAAACUAGUCAUUGUCUGAUACCCACCCAAUGAGCCCAAUCAUUUGGUUUCUCUCUUGCCGUUUUUAAGUUAAGAGGACUGAGGAGCAAAAGUCAUGCAACAUGUCAAAUGAGGCAAGUCACUCAGCUCAUCUGCGCUCACUCUUAUUACGCUACCUGACUGUGCCUUAAAUGACUCUUGGAGGUUUUAAUCCCAGAUGGAGCCCACUUCAAGGCUGGAUCAAUUACAGUAAUGUUGCAAGAGGGACAAUGAAUACAGGAAGCAGUUGGGACCAGAAACAGUUGUACCUUUUCUGAUGUCUACAUGUCAAUGAAAGGGAUUAAACUCAGUUUGUAAGGGUGGCUCCUUUCCAAUAGACCCAGCAACUGUUAAGGUUGACUCCAAAUAAAACUCACUUUACUGCAUGCAACCAGCUAUCAAAGAUUGCAAAUCUACCCUAUAGGAGGCAGACUUCCAACAGUAGAGGUGAUGUGCCAAGUGUCUUAUAAGGUUCAAGUGAUCAAGAAAAUGAGUUACUAUCCCACUGGUAACCUCAAUACCAGCUUUCAUAUUCAGCAAACAUUUUCAGUUUUGUUGAUGCAAGUUCUGGAAAAAAAUUAAUCAAAAGCAAUGUUGCAGUCAUUCCACCAGGAACCCAUUUUGUGGAGCAAAAGCACAUGCAAAAGUGAGCAGAUGAAGAUACAAGAUUCGUCUGAAUAAAUUACCAGCAAUUUGGCAUUCUCCAUCGUAAGGUCAGAAGUCUGGCAUGUAUCAACUCUGUAUAUUCGUUUUUUUUCCAUCAAGAUUGGUUUACAUUGCCAGGGAAGUUCCCGGUUGCAGAUACAGCCAGAGGUGCCUGCCCAAAGAAUACACGAACUAUUAAUAUCUGCAUAGCAGGAAGACAUCAGUUAGCCAUCACUGUUCACCGUCACUUCAGUGAACAUGUAUACAUUGCAAACAAAUGCAGCUGAUUACUAGAUCUAAAUGUGUUCAAUGCAUUUGCCUCAUUUAGUAAUAAAUGUACCUUCGUGUUCUUAA